AUGGGUUCAGAAACGUUUCUGGAAGUGAUAUUGGCAAUCAUCCUCCCAACUGUGGGACUCUUCCUUCGUUUUGGCUGUGGAGUGGAGUUCUGGAUAUGUUUGUUGCUGACGAUAUUGGGAUAUAUACCUGGAAUCAUAUAUGCAUUGUAUGUCCUCGUCGUAUAAUUAAAAGCUUUGGAUGGUCAAGGAGAAUAAUGGAUGAUUGCAAACAUGAUGUGUGUUUUGGUGUGGGUGUUUAGUUUGG